AUGCAGUUAAUUAACAACGUUUUUUUAUCUUCUUCAUCUUCUUCACUUUUUAAACUCCAAAAUGAACUAUUAUUAAUAAUAUUUUCAAAUCUUGAUGUCGAAACACUGAUAAGUUUAUGCAAUGUUUGUCAAAACUUUAAAAACUUGGCUAAAAUUGUUUUAGAGGAAAGAUUGAAAAAGCACAAGACUGACAAUCAUAAGAACGAUAUUAAAUUUCAUCAUUCAACAUUCUUACGCAAACCUACAUUAUGGAAGGUUACUUUUCACGACAAUUUCAACAGAAGUGGUAAAAAAGGCGGGAAUUCACAAGCUUAUAUUAAUUUAUUGCAAAAACCAUGUCAGUUGUCGAUAAAAUCGAAAAAUAAAACUUUCCAAAAAAUUCCAACAGUUUAUAGUAUCGGCAACGGUUCAAACCAUCUUAAAGUUCCAUACAAAUUCACCCAUUCAACCAAAAACGACGAUUCAUGCGAUGAUUAUUGUAUAAUAAACCUUUUGUCAUUCGAAUUUUCACCUAGUUUCUUUCAUCCACAAAAAUCAGAGCCAAUAUGCAGUUCUUUAAUUCUAUGUUCUGCAUCAAAAGAUUAG